AUGUCGCCUUUUUCAGGCAUCCGACUCGUGGGUGGAAGUUUGUCCAGUGAGGGCAGGGUUGAAGUGUACCAUAACGGGCAGUGGGGGACGGUCUGUGACGACGAGUUUGACAUGAACGACGCCAACGUGGUCUGCCGUCAGCUGGGAUACGUAAACGCUGCCGAGAUGUCAUGGGCCUUCGGGGCGGGGUCAGGUCAGAUCUGGCUGGACAACGUGGCCUGCGGAGGUUCCGAGACGAGCAUCGAACACUGCAGCCACAACGGAUGGGGCUCACAUAACUGUCAGCACAGUGAGGAUAUUGGUGUGGUCUGCUCGAACGGCAUCCGACUCGUGGGUGGAAGUUCGUCCAUGGAGGGCAGGGUUGAAGUGUACCAUAACGGACAGUGGGGGACCGUCUGUGACGACGGUUUUGACAUGAACGACGCCAACGUGGUCUGCCGUCAGCUGGGAUACGGAGGCGCUGCCGAGGCCCGAUCUCAUGCAGCCUUCGGGGCGGGGUCAGGUCAGAUCUGGCUGGACGACGUGGCCUGUGGGGGUUCCGAGACGAGCAUCGGAGACUGUGGCCACAACGGAUGGGGCUCACAUAACUGUGGGCACAAUGAGGACGCUGGUGUGGUCUGCUCGGACAUGUCGGACGGCAUCCGCCUCGUGGGUGGAAGUUCGUCCAUGGAGGGCAGGGUUGAAGUGUACCAUAACGGACAGUGGGGGACCGUCUGUGACGAUCUUUUUGACAUGACCGACGCCCACGUGGUCUGCCGUCAGCUGGGAUACGCAGGCGCUGUCGCGGCCCGAUCUCAAGCAGCCUUCGGGGAGGGGUCAGGUCAGAUCUGGCUGGACGACGUGUCCUGCGGGGGUUUCGAGACGAGCAUCGGAGACUGCAGCCACAACGGAUGGGGCUCACAUAACUGUGGGCACAGUGAGGACGCUGGUGUGGUCUGCUCGGACGUGACCCCUGUGGGGUCCGACAGGUCAAAGUGUGCCCGAUGGGGCAGUUGUAAGGUCCCUGCCGCAUGCCCUGCUAACGACGGUUUUGUUUUCCAUGUAGCCACGGAUGGUGGGUGGACUACCUGGAGCCCAUGGUCCGCCUGCAGCGUGACGUGUGGAGUCGGUACGCAGACUCGGGACCGGAGCUGCACCAAUCCUGCACCAGCUCACGGCGGGGCGGACUGUGAUGGACUAACUCAGGAGACACAAGCAUGUAACACGAUGGUUUCCUGUCCAGUUGAUGGCGGCUGGUCUGACUGGAGCCCAUGGUCCGUCUGCAGCGUGACGUGUGGAGUCGGUACGCAGACUCGGGACCGAAGCUGCACCAAUCCGGCACCAGCUCACGGCGGGGCGGAGUGUGAUGGAGAUGCUGAGGAGACACAAGAGUGCAACUCGGGAGUUUCCUGUCCAGUUGAUGGCGGCUGGUCUGACUGGAGCCCAUGGUCCGCCUGCAGCGUGACGUGUGGAAUCGGUACGCAGACUCGGGACCGAAGCUGCACCAAUCCGGCACCAGAGCACGGCGGGGCGGAGUGUGAUGGAGAUGUUGAGGAGACACAAGAGUGCGACUCGGGAGUUUCCUGUCAAGUUGAUGGCGGCUGGUCUGACUGGAGCCCAUGGUCUGACUGCAGCGUGACGUGUGGAAUCGGUACGCAGACUCGGGACCGAACCUGCACCAAUCCGGCACCAGCUCACGGCGGGGUGGAAAAGGCGGACCACUACAACUACAGGUGCGUGGUACGAGGACCCUCUGAACCCUGCAAUGGUCUGCCUAGGCUGUGCUGUGAGUAUCAUCGCCUUGGUGAUGCUUGGCUACUGGGGUCACAGACACAAACGCCAAAAACAGCAAGUGGCCCAAGCUCCACAUGA